UUUUGUUGCGUUGAUUUAAAAAGAAAAAAUAAUAUACGGAUAACGUUUUUUUUGCUUGUCUUAUUCCGUCUUAAUUUAAUUGAGAUUUUUCAAAAAGCAUUAAAAUGUUUUUGAAACUAAAUUUCGCUUUAAAACUUUUUAUCAUAAUUAGUUUUCGUUUUAAAAAUUUUAUUUAUGCUCAAACUACACAAAAUAUUAAUGUUUUAUUUGUAAAUGAAGUAGAUAAUGACGUGGCCUCAAAGGCUCUUGAAGUUGCUUUAACUUAUGUUAAAAAAAAUCCAAGAUUUGGUGUAUCAGUUCAAGUAUUUUACGUUGAGGGGAAUCGAACUGAUUCAAAAAAUCUAUUAGAAGCAAUAUGUAGUAAAUAUAAUGAGGCAAUUAAAUCUAAUGCACCACCACAUGUUGUUUUGGAUACAACUAAAACUGGAACUGCUUCAGAAACAGUUAAAUCAUUUACAUCUGCUGUUGGAUUACCAACUAUAAGUGCAUCAUAUGGUCAAGAGGGAGAUUUAAGAAAUUGGCGUGAUUUAAGUGAAAGUAAGCAAAAAUAUUUAUUACAAAUUAUGCCACCAGUUGAUAUAAUGCCGGAAGUUGUAAGAACAAUUGUUAGCUACAUGAAUAUAACAAAUGCUGCAAUACUUUAUGAUGAAAACUUUGUAAUGGAUCAUAAAUAUAAAUCAUUAAUACAGAAUAUACCGUGCCGUCAUGUUAUAACACAAAUAGCCAAAGGAGCUGACAAAUCGAUACAAAUUGAUAAACUGAGAAAUUUGGAUAUUAAUAAUUUCUUCAUAUUAGGACAAUUACAAUCAAUUAAGGAAGUUUUAGAAGCAGCACGUUCAGAAUACUUUAAAAGAAAUUUUGCAUGGCAUGCGAUAACUCAAUACAAUGGGGAUUUAUCGUGUAGUUGUGAAAAUGCAACGGUAAUGUUUUUGAAACCGAUUGGAAAUGUAACGAGUCGUGAUCAACUUGGAAUGUUAAAAACAACAUACAACUUGAAAGAACCACCAGAAAUUUCAUCCGCUUUCUAUUUUGACUUGACGCUUCGAACAUUUUUAGCUAUACGUGAACUUUUACAAGCUGGUGCUUGGCCUAAAAAUAUGAAAUACUUAACAUGUGACGAAUAUGAGGGUAAUAAUACCCCGGAGCGAAAUAUAGAUUUAAUCACUUACUUUAAAAAUAUAAAAGAGCCAACAACAUAUGGUGAAUUUUAUUUAGAAUCAACACCUGGAACACCAUUUAAUGGUCAUAGUUAUAUGAAAUAUGAAAUGGAUAUAAGUGUUGUAUCAAUACGUUCGGGUGCUUCAGUAAAUACAAAGUCUAUUGGGUCAUGGAAAGCUGGUUUAGAUGCACCAUUAGAUGUUAAAGAUCUUGAACAAAUGCAUAAUUUAACAGCAGAUACUGUUUACAGAGUUUAUACUGUAGUACAAGCACCAUUCAUAAUGAAAGACAAAAAUUCACCUAAAGGAUAUAAAGGUUAUUGUAUAGAUUUGAUCGAUGAAAUUGCAAAAAUUGUUAAAUUUGAUUAUGAAAUUUAUGAAGUUGAAGACGGAAAAUUUGGUAAUAUGGAUGAGAACGGUGAUUGGAAUGGUAUUGUAAGAAAGUUAAUAGACAAACAAGCUGAUAUUGGAUUAGGUUCAAUGUCUGUUAUGGCUGAAAGAGAAAUUGUAAUAGAUUUCACAGUACCAUAUUACGAUUUAGUCGGUAUAACAAUUAUGAUGCAAAGGCCCACAGCACCAAGUUCUUUAUUCAAAUUUUUAACGGUAUUAGAAACAAAUGUUUGGUUAUGUAUUUUGGCUGCUUAUUUUUUUACCAGUUUUUUAAUGUGGGUAUUUGAUAGAUGGUCGCCUUACAGUUAUCAAAACAAUCGAGAAAAAUAUAAAGAUGAUGAUGAAAAACGUGAAUUUAAUUUAAAAGAAUGUUUAUGGUUUUGUAUGACUUCAUUAACACCCCAAGGUGGUGGUGAAGCUCCAAAAAAUUUAUCUGGACGUUUAGUUGCAGCCACUUGGUGGUUAUUUGGUUUUAUUAUUAUAGCUUCAUAUACGGCUAAUUUAGCGGCUUUCUUAACUGUUUCUAGAUUAGAUACUCCAGUAGAAAGCUUAGAUGAUUUAGCAAAACAAUAUAAAAUUUUGUAUGCUCCGCUGAACGGCUCGUCAGCUAUGACUUAUUUUCAACGAAUGGCUGACAUAGAACAAAGGUUUUAUGAAAUUUGGAAAGAUUUAUCUCUGAACGAUUCUUUAACACCGCUAGAACGUUCAAAAUUAGCUGUGUGGGAUUAUCCAGUUAGUGAUAAGUAUACAAAAAUGUGGCAAGCAAUGCAAGAAGCCGGUUUACCCGCUAAUUUACAAGAAGCUAUAGCUAGAGUACGAAAUUCAACAACAGCAACUGGUUUUGCAUUUUUAGGUGAUGCUACAGACAUACGAUAUUUAGUAAUGACAAAUUGUGAUCUACAAGUGGUAGGUGAAGAAUUUUCAAGAAAACCUUAUGCUAUUGCAGUGCAACAAGGAUCACAUUUAAAAGAUCAAUUUAAUAAUGCAAUUUUAAUGUUGCUAAAUAAAAGACAGCUGGAAAAAUUAAAAGAAAAAUGGUGGAAAGAUGAUGAAGCUCAAUCAAAAUGUGAUAAACCGGAAGAUCAAUCUGAUGGUAUUUCUAUACAAAACAUUGGAGGUGUGUUUAUUGUUAUAUUCGUUGGUAUUGGAAUGGCUUGUAUCACACUUGUAUUUGAGUAUUGGUGGUAUAAAUAUAGAAAAAACUCGCGCGUUAUUGACGUUGCUGAAAUGAAUGCACAAAUGAAAGAAGAUCUACGAAAUGAAGGUGUUAUUUUAGGUGCACAAUCUGACAAAGAUAGUAAAAGCAAUGCGGGAGCCGGUGCUUUACGCCCUAGAUUUAAUCAAUUGCCUCAAACUAAAUCAAGAUUCUAAAAAUAAAAAAAAUAAUAAUGCCUUCUAUUUUUAAAUGAUUUGAUAUAUUAAAAGUUAUGUGGAAAAAGCGCACAAUAAAAUGUAGUUUAAAAAUAAGACGCACAAUAUGUGGUUGUGAUGUUUUCGAAAGUUUGAUUUAAUACUUUUCCAUUUCAAAAAAUUUUUAUAAACAAUUUAAUCAUAACUUUAUUAAAAAUGACUUGUUGAAAUGUGUUGUUGUUGAUGUUUUUGAAAAUUUAUAAUUGUUUCUAUAAUUACUCUUUGAGAUAAAUUAUGGUUAAUGUAGUAUUUAUAUUAUUAUAUAAUUAAAAACAUAGAGAUUUUGAAGAUAUAUUAGAAUUUUAAUAUUAUUGGUAAGGAAAUUUGCUGGCAGUUUCUUAUUAAAUCAAAAAAUAUUUUAAAUUGAUUUUAUGUCA